AUGUUAAAAGCGGCUUCAAGCUCGACGCCGGCCUCGCUGUUCAUCCUUCCGGCUUGCCAAGCGUGCUCGUAUCAGUUCCUGGCGUUCGUCCCACCGAGCAACGGGAGCCUGAGAAAACCGGGCACAGCAGCGGUAAUGGUCGAUACCCAGCAUCCGCUCACCCUGCUGCUCAACAGCUCUGUGGGUGACAGAGAGUUCUGCAAGAUUCAGUAUCAUUUUGGAGAAUUUGGCAAUUAUUCCCUUGUGGUAAAGACCCUAAGUACAAGCACCAAAACUGUUUCUUGUGACCUAGUCAUCAAUGAAGGCCCUAUCAACAGCUACCUCCCUAUUCUCUUUGCUUUCCUGGUUUACAUGGGGAUCCUUGCUAUCCUGAUUGUUGGGCACCUUUUUAUGAAAAUUGAUCCAGUCAGAAACUGGGUUUACAAGAAACUGAACCCCAGAGAAACUGAUCGUCUGAUUAAUUCUGAGCUUGGGUCCCCGAACACAACAGACUCCGUUAGCAGUGAUCCUACCCGGCGUUUGUCGAGCACAACCUCUCGGCAGCGGCUGCGUUCCCUGGACACCUUCCGAGGGCUCUCUCUUAUAAUUAUGGUGUUUGUUAACUAUGGAGGAGGAAAAUACUGGUUCUUCAAACAUGAGAGUUGGAAUGGAUUAACAGUUGCAGAUCUGGUGUUUCCAUGGUUCGUGUUCAUCAUGGGGACAUCGAUAUCAUUGUCGCUGAGCUCCAUGCUGAAGUGGGGAAUUUCCAAGCGGAAGGUGCUCAGGAAAAUCCUCUGGAGGAGUUUUCUGCUUAUUCUGCUGGGAAUCAUAGUUGUGAAUCCCAAUUACUGCCUUGGACCAUUGUCCUGGGAUAAUCUUCGUAUUCCUGGGGUGCUCCAGAGGCUGGGAUUCACGUACCUGGUGGUUGCUGCUCUCGAACUCCUGUUUACAAGAGCUGAGGCUGAGAGCGGGACCUUGGAGACGCCAUGUCCUGCUCUGCAGGAUAUUCUCCCCUACUGGCCACAGUGGAUUUUCAUUCUGAUGUUAGAAGUGAUUUGGCUCUGCCUGACCUUUUUGUUACCAGUGCCAGGUUGUCCCAGGGGCUAUCUUGGUCCUGGGGGCAUUGGAGACUUUGGAAACUAUCCCAACUGCACUGGAGGAGCAGCUGGUUACAUUGAUCGUUUGCUUCUUGGAGAAAAGCAUAUAUACCAGCAUCCCUCUUCAAGUGUGAUUUACCAAACAACGAUGCCGUAUGAUCCUGAAGGGAUCCUGGGGACCAUAAAUACCAUUUUUAUGGCAUUUCUGGGACUGCAGGCUGGAAAAAUUAUCUUGUUCUACAAAGACCAGCACAAACAAAUUAUGAGUCGGUUUGUCAUAUGGAGCAUAGUAAUGGGCAUUGUUUCUGCUAUCUUGACAAAAUGUUCUAAAGAAGAAGGGUUUAUUCCCAUAAACAAGAACUUAUGGUCAAUAUCAUAUGUGACAACCAUGAGCUGCUUUGCCUUCAUCCUCUUAACACUGAUAUAUUACCUCGUGGAUGUCAAGAGACUGUGGUCGGGUGCUCCAUUUUUCUAUCCAGGAAUGAACUCAAUCCUGGUCUACAUUGGACACGAAGUGUUUGAAAACUAUUUCCCCUUUAAGUGGAAGAUGCAAGACAGUCAAUCCCACGCAGAGCAUCUGACUCAAAACCUUACUGCGACAACUCUUUGGGUCAUAAUAUCGUAUUUACUUUACAGGAGAAGGAUAUUCUGGAAAAUCUGAUAGAGGUGGUCAGGGUGUAGCAGGCCUAGAUUCUGAUGGGGCAAAUGCAUAAGGUGGAUUAGCCUAAAUAUUGCCACUCGUGCUAGGCUGUAUUACUAAAAAGGGAUACUAGUUCAAGUUUACAGUGCCAUGGAAGUUGUCAUCAAGACUUUUAUGUGACUUAAGGGACAGUAUUUUCCUAUUUAGCAAAAAUUUACUAGUCUGCUGCAGUUGCUUUGUGUUUUCUGUAUUUUG